AUGUCUGCUGCCAAGGGGCAUUACACGAACCCGACCGUCGACGACGACGACUUGAUUGACCCUGAUGAUGCUGACCUCAACGACUUUGACGACCCUCUUGCGCCGUCGAGCUCCCGCGCGCCACUGACGGGCAACAUUGGCUCCUCAUCACGGCCGCUCGACGAGAGUUACCUCACAGCACGCAUCCCCGGCGAAGACCGAAGCGCCUCACAAAGCACCAUCGACGAGUCCGUCUGGGACACGGUGCGCCGCGACCUGCUCGCCGUGUGGGCCAAGCUCCGCGAGGUGCUGUACCCGCGCUACCUCCUGGGCGGCACCAUGUUUGAUGGCGCGGGCGGCUUCCGCGGCGCAUACUCCAACAUCCGCGGCGCCGGCAUCACGGGGACACGCGAAGAGCUCACGGGCCUGGCAAGCCGCGUCAUGGACCCCGAGGCGCUGCUGGGCAGCUCGCUGAGCCCUGGCCUGCGCGACUGGGACCUCUGGGGCCCUCUCAUCUUCUGUCUUUUGUUGAGCGUUCUUCUGAGCUUCUCGGCGCGCCCAGAGCAAAAAGACGCUGUAUUCAGUGGUGUUUUUGCCAUGAUUUGGCUGGGAGAAGCCGUCGUCACUCUCCAGAUUAGACUGCUUGGCGGAAGCAUUUCUUUUGCGCAAAGCGUGUGCAUUAUCGGUUAUACGCUAUUCCCGCUCGUGAUUGCGGCGCUCCUGUCUGCGCUGCACUUGCACUGGAUUCCUCGCAUUCCCAUCUUCAUCUUUCUCAUCCUCUGGUCAUUGGCCGCGGGUGUUAGCAUUCUGGGUGGCAGCGGUGUUGUUCAGAAUCGCCUCUCGAUUGCUCUAUACCCUCUGUUCAUCUUCUAUGUAGGACUGGGUGCGCUGUGCUUCAUGAGUUAG